AUGCAGAUCUCCAACGUCCUCGCCGCCGCCCUCCUCGCCAUGAGCGUCUCGGCCCAGAAGACCGGUCCCAACGGCAAGCGUAUCUGCGUCGGUGGCGCCAUCUCGUGCCAGUACCAGAAGGGCCGCUGCGCCAACAUCUGCGGCGACUCCUUCGUCAACGGCCAGGGCACCCCGGCCUUCAUCGACCCCAACUGCUCAUGCCCCGAGGGCCAGGCCGACAACAAGUACACCGGCGCCGCCUGCAUCGACGUCGUCCGCGCCCUCGGACGCCAAGGGUGCUGA